AUGAAAAGUAGAACAUCAAAAUAUGAUUCUAUUUCUCUCUCCAAGACUUUUCUUCCACAUGCACUUCAUCUUCUACUUCCUAUAGUUCUUUUACCAAUUGUUCUUCUUUGUUUAUACUUAUACCCUCUCUACCAUACAAAAUCUCAAACAAAUGAGCUUCACUAUGCCACUGUUUCUCCUCCUCCUCCACCUUAUUCAGUAAAUGAUAUACACAAAGUUGAUGAUCCUUCAUGUGACUACUUCAAUGGAAAAUGGAUCCAUGACAAAACAGGUCCAUUAUACAAUGGAACAACAUGUGUUACAAUCAAAGAAAGCCAAAACUGUAUCACCAAUGGAAGACCAGACUCAAACUACCUUUACUAUAGAUGGAAUCCAACUCAAUGCAAUCUUCCAAGGUUUGAACCAAACACUUUUCUCCAACUUAGUAAAAACAAACACAUAUCUUUUGUUGGUGAUUCUUUAGCUAGGAACCAAUUUGAGUCCCUUCUUUGCAUGCUAUCGUCUCUUUCGAAACCCAAACCGGUUCAUCAUAAAGGUUCACAUUGGUGGCAUUUUGAGUCUCACAAUGCAACUCUUUCUGUAUAUUGGUCACCCUUUCUAGUACAAGGCGAUGCAAGAUCGAAAUUAGGGCCGAGUUUGAACACGAUUCAUUUGGACCGCGUUAACGGGAAAUGGGAGAAGGAUAUGGAUGGAAUGGACUUAGUUGUGUUAUCAUUUGGGAAUUGGUUUAAUGUUCCUUCGAUUUAUUAUGAGAAGGGUUUGGUUAUAGGAUGCUUAAAUUGUUCGAGUUAUGGUCUUAAUUACACUGAUAUUGGAUUUUAUGUUCCAUUAAGAAAGGCUUUAAGGAAAAGUUUGAAUAGGAUAAUUGAGAGGAGAGUUGGUAAAAGAAAUGAAAUUGGUGUGAUUGUUAGAACUUUUUCACCUUCUCAUUUUGAUGGUGAUUGGGAUAAAUCUGGUACAUGUUCAAAGAAAGAACCUUAUGAGAAUGGAGAGAAGGAAAUUGGAGAGAUGGAAAGUGAGAUUAGAAGGGUUGAGAUAGAAGAAGUGGAAAAUGCUAAGGUGAAAGCAAGAGAAUUUGGAGGGGUAAGAUUUGAGGUAUUGGAUGUAACUCAAUUGGCAUUGUUGAGACCAGAUGGUCAUCCGGGUGCUUACAUGAAUCCUUUUCCAUUUAAAAAUGGUGUUCCAGAGCGCGUACAAAAUGAUUGUGUUCAUUGGUGUUUGCCGGGAGCUAUAGAUACAUGGAAUGAGAUUUUUCUAGAGAUGAUGAAGAAGUGGGAAUUGGAGGGACAACAAUGGAGUGAAUUGUGA